CCUCUCUGCCCUCCCCCGGAGGCGGCCACUGCUGCUGCUGCUCCUCCUCCUCCCCGCCGGCGUCCCGAGGCUCCCAGUCCGACUCCUGCCGUCUCCACCGCGGGCGAAAUGCGGGCGCAGCUGCUGCUGCUGUUCCUGCUUGCGGUUUUCUCCGCGCUCGGCUCCUGCCUGCUCAGCCACCAGGAAGAGGAAUUUCUUUUCAAGACAUGGAUGUCUCAGAACAACAAGCAGUACAGCCUGGAGGAGUAUCGGCAGCGCUUUCAGAUCUUCCUUAGUAACAAGCAGAAGAUUGAGAAGCACAAUGCUGGGAAUCAUACCUUCCAAAUGGGUCUCAACCAAUUUGCAGACAUGACAUUUGCUGAAUUCAGGAAAAAGUAUCUCUGGCGCGAGCCCCAGAACUGCUCAGCCACCAUUGGCAACUUCAUCAGCCGUGGUGGGGCAUGUCCAAAAAGCAUAGACUGGAGGAAGAAAGGAAAUUUUGUGACACCUGUGAAAAAUCAGGGUCCCUGUGGCAGUUGCUGGACUUUCUCAACCACUGGGUGCUUGGAGUCUGCUAUUGCCAUCGCAACAGGAACGCUACUGGACCUGGCUGAACAGCAACUGGUUGACUGUGCUCAGGCCUUCAACAACCAUGGUUGUAGCGGGGGACUCCCUAGCCAGGCAUUUGAAUACAUCCUGUACAACAAAGGGCUGAUGGGGGAGGAUGACUACCCAUACACUGCACAGAACGGGACCUGCAAAUUCCAAGGUCAGAAGGCCGUUGCAUUCGUCAAAAAAGUCGUCAACAUUACGCUGAAUGAUGAGCAAGGCAUGGUGGAAGCUGUGGGGAGGUACAAUCCAUUGAGCUUUGCCUUUGAAGUGACAGACGACUUUAUGUUAUACACGAAGGGUGUUUACUCCAGCGAACACUGUGAUAAAACUCCAGACAAAGUCAAUCAUGCUGUCCUGGCUGUAGGAUACGGAGAGGAAAAUGGCCUUCUGUACUGGAUUGUCAAAAAUUCCUGGGGCCCCUCAUGGGGCAUGGAUGGAUACUUCUAUAUUGAACGUGGAAAGAACAUGUGUGGCCUUGCUGACUGUGCAUCCUACCCAGUCCCUCUUGUCUAAAAGCUGGCAUGGAUUUUGGUGCCAGGGAGCUGGUAGUGAUGGGUCACUAUGCUGAAAAUUGAAGCUGGAAUGAAGUUCAUCAGAGCCAAGAAGCAGGGCCAUUUAUCUUGAAAGGGAUUUUCAAGCACACGCCUCCUCUACUUGUGUAUCUGAUACUGUGAAAAAGUUUUUGACCCAAGUGGCUGCACUUUCCUA